GCAGCCUCGUAAUCACCGGCCUUGCUCGCCGGAGAAAACAAACUGCGCGGAUAACAGAGUCAGCACGCGGCGCAGAGCGACAUUGCACUCACUCCUGUUCUUACUGCACUUGGAAUAGCAAAAUCCCGUCAAACAAAGGUUGGUGCGAAGCGCACAGCAUGACUAAGACGCCUCCCAACAGGCGAGGGAUCACGUUCGAGGUGGGGGCACCAUUGGAGGCCCGAGACAGUCUGAAGAACUGGUAUGCUGCCAGCAUUGAGAAGAUUGACUACGAGGAGGAGAAGGUCCUGAUUCACUACAGACAGUGGAGUCAUCGCUAUGACGAGUGGUUCGACUGGAGCAGCCCUUACCUUCGGCCCGUGGAACGAAUCCAGCUCCGGAGACAAGGCCUGCAGGAGCACAACAUGGCCCCGGGUUUUCAAAUCAACCAGAAAGUUUUAGCCAGCUGGUCAGAUUGUCGCUACUAUCCUGCUAAGAUCCUCUCCCGUGAUAAAGACGAUUCUUAUACAGUGAGGUUUUUUGAUGGUGUAGUUAAGACUGUGAAAGGGAUAAAGAUUAAACCUUUCAGAAAGGAGAACACGAACAACAAGCCGGGGCAGCCGAGCCGAAAGCGAGCAGCAGGAAAGAACAGCAAGGCCAAAGAGAACGGUAGGAACCAUCAGGAUGGUGAGACCGAAUCGGAGGAAGAAGACUCAAAGGUGACAGACGAGUGCAGCAAGCUUCAGGACACCACGCUGGCUGAGAAGGAGCCGUCCGAGAUGGCGAACGGACACGAAGAGCAAGAGGAAAAGCCAUCCGUUGUCGACGUGAAGACGGAAGCACUGGAGAACGGAGGAGGGGAAUCAAUGGAGAUGAAUGGAGGAGGAGAGGAGGAGAAAGUUGGAACUCUUCAGAACGGUGCCCAUGAAAGCUGUGGAGAGGGACAAGAGAAAGACGAGAAAGAGAAAGAGGCCAGUCUUGGCCAGAACAGGAGAGCAAGAGGCAAAGUAGUGGAGGGAAAAGACGCAGAACGGGCCAGUGUUCCAGAGCUGAGGAAAAGACGUGCAUCCACGGGACAAACUCCUCCAUCCAAGAGGAGCAGAGCCAAUACUACAGACAGAAACAGUCGAUCCCAGAUCAGACCUGCUAGAUCAGAUUCUGUUCCAGAAAGCUUCAGUGAUAAGGAGGGUCUCUGCAAGACGGGUCUUCUGGAGAACCCCAAGCCUAUUGUACAGACAGCGUCUAGUCCUGAUCUUGCCACGCUGCUGCAACGACAAGUCCACCUCCCAACCACCAAUAAAUACAGCAGGGAACCAUUGUACAGGGUCAUCAAGAACCAGCCGCCGCCCAUCCUCUCCAUUGAACUGGACCAUAACCCGUUUAAGUGCCAGGUGCCAGGCUGCACCAAGUCCUUCCGCAAGGCGUCUCUGUUGCACUAUCACAUGAAGUACUACCACUCUGAGAGCGAGCUGUGCUCUUCACACAACACACACACCUCUGAACCUCAGGCCCAGGAUAGCCACACGCACACGUCGGAGACUCCGCGCAGACGCCGCACCGUUUCUGCAUCUCUAGACACUCCAUCCCCGCUGAGUGACAGUAAAUCCAGUCACACCCCGUCACCCCAUACUGCCAACGGUGUGCAUCGUCAGCGCAGCUCCUCCCACUGCGAGAGAAGCAAAGAGAACCAGCACACCAACCGCGCGCUCCAUGACGACAGAGACUGGGUCACCAUGGAAACAGAACAAGAGAAGAGGCGAGAAAAGAAGCCGAGGGACUUCUGCAUCAAGCCGAAGAAGAAGAAAAAGAAGAAAAAGAGGUCCAAGUCAGACACUCAUGGCAGUGAUAAGAGCAAUGGCUUUAGCUCGUACCCCUGCAAUCCCAAUCAAUCAAUCAAAUUGCCCCUCUCCCACAAACACCGCUCCUGCGCCGCACACUUCCCCGAAACAGAGCUUGAUGAUGGUGAAGACAGCGGCAGCGAUUGGUCCACAGACAGCCCUCUAUGGAGCGAGGAGGAGUCGGAGACGGGGCUCGAUCUUACCACGCCUUUCUCUGAGCAGGGGGUGGAGACGGUGGGUCAUGACUCAGAGAUAGUGCGCUGUGUGUGCGAGGUGCAGGAGGAGAACGACUUCAUGAUCCAGUGUGAUGACUGUUUAUGCUGGCAGCAUGGCACGUGCAUGGGCCUGUAUGAGGACAGCGUCCCUGACACUUACAGCUGCUACAUCUGCAGGGACCCUCCUGCUCAAAGACAGAGUCAGCGCUACUGGUAUGAUAAGGACUGGCUCAGCAGCGGUCACAUGUAUGGCCUGCCCUUCUUAGAAGAAAACUACUCUCACCAGAACGGCAAGAAAAUGGCAGCCACUCACCAACUCCUGGGCGACGUGCACCGUGUGUUCGAAGUGCUGAACGGCCUCCAGCUCAAAAUGAGCAUACUGCAGGCUCAGGCUCACCCAGACCUGAAACUGUGGCGGCAGCCCUGGAAGCCAUCUGACGGCAUGCUCAGGAAGGGGAUGGGGCAUUCUGGCAUGACCACGCCCUCUCCCUGCUCCCCUCACGCAGCGGACUCCACAGAUGGUGAGCAGGUCAAUUCCAAGCAACCCGUGCCUCCUGCCUGCUCCUUCCAGACGUCUUACAUCAGCAGCGAGCACUGCUACCAAAAGCCACAUGCAUAUUAUCCAGCACUGGAGCAGCGGCUGGUGGUGGAGACACGCAGCACCGAGGAGCUUCUGGAGCUCGAGACGCGCAAACUGCAACUGACCAAUUCUAAGGAGUUGGAGUGUCGCAUGAAGCUGCUAGCGGCGGCCGAAAGAGAGAAGAGCUGUGCAGUCCAGGUUAAGGAAGAGGAGCCUGACCCAGUGACCUGUGAUUCUAAACCUGACCCUGACCUUCUGCUACACCAGCAGUGGCAGCUGAACCUGCUGGAACACAUCGAGGCCGUGCAAGACGAGGUCAGCCACAGGAUGGACCUCAUAGAGAGAGAGCUGGAUGUUUUAGAAAGUUGGCUAGACUACACGGGUGAGCUGGAGCCUCCAGACCCUCUGGCACGUCUCCCACAGCUCAAACACCGCAUCAGACAGCUACUGACAGACCUGGGAACAGUGCAGCAGAUCGCAUUGUGCUCCUCAUCCACAUGAGGGCGACAGAGCACACAGAUGUCCUCAGAAACGUACAGUACAGGAGAGAUGGAAUUUUUAUUUUUAAAAAGAGACUUGAACCUGAACUAAAGCAUAUAAAUAAGUGGUAUUUAAGCUCUGAGGAAAACUGCGAGAGCCAAAACAAACCAACCCUAGAGAGAGGAAAAAAAAGAAGAAGAGAGAAUGUACUUGAACGUUUAAAUAUGUUAAAAGUUUUGAAUGUAAUUCAGGGUUGUGGUUCAAGUCCAGGCAUCAGAUAUGCCUCUUUUUUUUUUUUUUUUCUUUUUUUUUUUUUUUUUUUUUGAAGGACUAUAAUGUUUUUGGCAUUACAUGCAAGGGUUGUUUUGUUUUUUUUGUUUUUUUUUGUUACGAAGUGUAUUCUUCAGCACUUAAAUUUUGUUAAUUAUCAUCAUAUAAAGUUUUAUUUUGGUUUCUCCACUUUGUUGCUAAUGUUAUGCAAAACCACCUUUUCCUACGCGACCUGAUCGUGAAGAACUGUUUGAAUAUUUGACCUCUUCAGACGAAGAGAUUCUGAGGAAGUGUCCGGUUUUGUAGCCAUUGAAGUAAACGUGGAAACGUUUAAAGGAGCAUAUAUUUUAAUCUCAAAGUACUUGUGUCUUGCUUUUAUAUUUUGUAUUAAAUAGACAGUGUAAAUUGCCUAUAUUAAUUCAUGUUUCAGGUUGUUUUGUCCUUUACUGUUUGAUCAAAACUGUAAUGGUAUUUACUGUGACUGAGUUUGCAUUCAUUACACCAAUUACAACAAAAAAUAACGAUGAUGAUGAUAACCACCUUUUAACUCUUGUACAUUCUGUAGUACUUUGGACAUAAUUGCUUGUUUGUGUUUUGUAUGAAUGCAAAUGUUUUCCCUGCCAUAUAUAACAAGCACAAAAAGGGCAUCAUAUAUAAUCCAUUUUUUUUUUUUUUUUUUUUUUUUUUUUUAAUAAUUUUGACAUGCUCUUACAGCAUACUGUACUUACCCCCCCCCCCCCCCCCCCCCCAGGUUACCAUUUUAACUUAUUGUAAUUGAGAAUUUAAGUUAUUGAGUUUUCUGUUUGUGUGUGUGGUUUGUUUUUUUGUUUUUUGUUUUUUUUGAAACCGCACUGGCCGUGUGUAUAGGCUGAGUUUUUUGGCCAAAUUGUUGUGUGUUUCAGAUAAGCAGAUGGGCCCUCAGUGUGUGUUCAGCAAGAGAGUGUCCGAGUUCAGUGCUCAUGCCCAUUGGUAGUUCUGUCUUUCAUCUAAAUUGUUUCAUUUGACUUGUCAAUUCUUAACCAGCGCCUGAUGUUCCAGAGCAACACAUUCAAAUGCAACAGUGGUCUAUGUUUUUAAAAAAUUCCGACCCCACGAGAAUGGACUGGAAGAUUCUGUUUAUAUUUUCCUAAUCUCUGUGCUUUUCUUUGUGUAGCCAGUGACCUGUAUGCAGCCUGUUCUCGGUCCUUUCACUCUGCUGUGUGCUGUCCUGCGUGUCUGCCCUCUUGCAUAACCAGUCACUGGAAGUACAGUAAUCGGACAUGAUUAUUUUAUAAAUCUUUUGAAUUUUUUUUUUUUUUUUUUUUUUUAAAAGCGCUUUGCGUGGCGCCCAAGUUCUUCUUGACUUCUCGAUUUAAAAAAAAAAAAAAAAAAAUCCAUUGUCCAAACCGCCAUGGAAACAGGAGAAAUUCUUUGUCGAGCAUAAUAAUGCAUUAGCUGAAGCCAAGAAAAAUAAAUAAUAAAAAAAAUGUCCUGUAUGCUCAGCUUCCUUAAA